UUUGCACAGGCCGAUCUAGGACAAGAGGAGGACUUUGAAGAAGCCAAGAGAAAGGCCACUAAGCUGGGGGCUACUGAGGUGGUGGUGCAGGAUCUCCGUCGUGAGCUUGUGGAAGACUUUGUGUGGCCAGCCGUGAGUGGUGGUCUUAUAUACGAGGAUCGCUACCUUCUAGGAACCGCACUCGCCCGGCCAUGCAUCACCCGUGCCCUCGUUGCGCUUGCCAAGAAAGUAAAAGCGGGUUUCGUCUCGCAUGGGGCCACCGGCAAAGGCAAUGACCAGAUACGCUUUGAACUGGCCUGCUACACUCUUUGUCAUGAUGUUGAGAUAAUAGCUCCAUGGAAGGACCCAGCUUUCUACAAGAGGUUUCCAGGAAGGCCAGAGCUGUUUCAGUACGCCAAGGAACAUGACAUCCCACUGCCCGUCACCCCAAAGUCCCCUUGGAGUAUGGAUGCUAAUCUGGUCCACAUAAGCUUUGAGUCUGGCGUGCUGGAGGACCCGGCCACCGUGCCUCCUGCUGGAAUCUUCCAGAUGACAACUGAUCCCGAGAGAGCGCCCGAUGUCCCUCAGCGCCUCGUGGUCACCUUCCGCCACGGACUGCCAGUGAGCGUGACGGUGGAUGGUGAAGAGACGAUCACAGAUGCACUGGACAUUUUCGUCGCCUGUAACCGUGUGGGAGCCGCACACGGUGUUGGGCGUGUAGACCUCGUCGAGAACAGAUUCCUCGGACUCAAGUCCCGCGGUGUGUACGAGACGCCAGGUCUCACGUUGCUUCACGCAGCUCACCAAGACCUCGAGGUGUUAUGUCUGGACCGCGAGGUGAGGAAGAUCAAGGUGAACCUCAGCAAGCUCAUGGCUGAGCAGGUUUACAACGGUUUCUGGUUCAGUCCAGAGUUUGAGUACACCAGACAGUGCGUGGAGGCGUCUCAGAAGAUGGUGACCGGUACAGUGUUCCUCAAGGUGUACAAAGGAAAUGUGUACAUAGAGGGACGGACUGCUCCUGUGUCCCUCUACAACCAGCAGCUCGUGUCGAUGGAUGUACAGAGACUUGAGCCUACGGAUGCUAUGGGCUUCAUCCGCCUCAACGCAUUACGCCUUCGUGAGCACCGGCGUGUGAAGGAAGCAUCUGAGGAGAAACAGUGAGGUUGGCAAAGGCAGUGGGCAUGGUACGUUGGGAGAAGACAAACAAAAUGUUAAGUAGGCAGCAAAAAACAGCAGCAGAUUUCGUUAAAUAUAUGAUGGGCUUGACCCCAAAAAAAUAUUACUGAUAACCACAGUUAAUCAAUAGUAAAAUAAUAAAAUGAAAAAAACUUUGUAAACUGAUAAAGCAAUAUGAUAUAUAUAUAUAUAUAUAUAU